AUGGUGGUCAUCGAGGCAAAUCAGAAACUUCAAAAAGAGUCGCCUCUCAUAUCGCCUGCAAAAUCUUCAAGUCCCGAAAAUGAUUCGGAUCCACAAGACGUAUCCCAGACCAAGGACGGAGACGACGAGCGAAGGAGCAGUUCAAUCGCCUUUUCUCCUUCGAGCUUCAAACCAUUAAAUCAUCGCCGAACUGCACCAAAACACAAUGACGCAGGAAAAUUCGAAUGUCAGAACUGCCAUCAGAUAUUUGAUCGCAAGUGUGAAUGGAACAAACACAUGGACAAGCAUGAACGGCCAUACAAGUGCGACAAACCGCAAUGCGCCAAGUUGCUGGGAUUCACCUACUCAGGCGGUCUUUUGCGUCACGAACGCGAGGUUCACGGUAUGCACGGCGGACCUAAAGAACAGCUCUUCUGCCCUAUCAAACACUGCAAGCGACACACGGAACAGGGCUUCACACGCCGCGAGAACCUGCAGGAGCAUCUGCGAAGGGUGCACAAGCUGCAAGACGUUGAAAGCAUCGAAGCUGCUGCGCAAGACGCCCUUACACCUGGAACUGCUCCCUCUGACCACGAUAGUGACGAUGACAACCGGUCGAUCAAGCGCAAGCGUAUGAGCGUUGUUAGCCAAAGCGAGGAUGCGCCGGAAGAGGAUGUCAGAACCCAGCUCAAGAAGUUACGACUCGAGAAUGCAGAAUUGAGGGGCAUGGGGGAAAGUCAGCGAGCCGAGAUCGACGAGAUGAAGGAACAGAUCAAGCUCCUCGCAGAACAACUCGCAGCAACACAAACCGUACAACUCCCUCGCUGGCGGCCAAAUGGUUCGACAUGA